ACUUGCAUGUGAACAGGACCAGCCGCUGACAAGCUAUCUCCUUAAGCAAGGUCGUGGUUUGGACACAUGACCUGGCAGCCGCAGCAAUAAAAGCCCGUGUUCGGCUCUGCCAGGUCCACACCAUUGGACAUUAUGAGGGGGCUGCUUGCAUUCGCCGCACUGUUUGUGGCUGUUCUUGCCAAGGAUACAUUUGAGGGACAUCAAGUCCUUCGAAUCAUUCCGAAGGAUGAUGUCCAGUUGUCUCUUAUCAAGGAGUUGGAGGAGAUGGCAGAGUUUGAGUUGGACUUCUGGAGGGGGGUGACUAAUGCCGGCACUCCUGUGGAUGUCAGGGUUCCCUUCCAUGGCCUGCACUCUGUCAAAAUGUACCUCAAGUCCCAGGACAUUGAGUUCUCCAUCAUGAUUGAAGAUCUGCAGCUGAUGCUGGACGAGGAGCAGGAGAAGAUGGCGUCUGCUGCUCGUGUUGCUAUGCCCAGAACUACUGAUAGCUACGACUACGCCAACUAUCACACCCUCAGUGACAUCUACAGUUUCCAGGACAUGCUGGUGGCUGAGAAUCCCAACAUGGUCAGCAAGAUAGUGAUCGGUCAGAGCUACGAGGGCCGCCCCCUGAAUGUGCUCAAGUUCAGCACUGGUGGAACCAACCGCCCCGCCAUCUGGAUCGACACAGGUAUCCACUCCAGAGAGUGGGUCACUCAGGCCAGCGGCACCUGGUUUGCCAAGAAGAUUGUCACUGACUAUGGACAGGACCCCGCCCUCACUGCCAUCCUUGACAAGAUGGACAUCUUCCUGGAGAUUGUGACCAACCCUGAUGGAUACCAGUACACCCAUACCUCCAACCGUAUGUGGCGUAAGACCAGGAAGCCCAACCCCUACUCUAGCUGUGUUGGAGUCGAUCCCAACAGAAACUGGGAUGCUGGCUUUGGAGGACCUGGUGCCAGUAGCAACCCCUGCUCAGAGACCUACUUUGGACCCAGUCCUCACUCUGAGUCUGAGGUCAAGUCCAUUGUUGACUUUGUGAAGUCUCACAACAACAUCAAGGCCUUCAUCUCCAUCCACUCCUACUCUCAGAUGCUCCUGUACCCCUAUGGUUACACCACCCUUGCAGCCCCAGACAAGACUGAGCUGCACAAUCUGGCUAAGAAAGCCAUCACUGACCUGGCCUCCCUGUACGGCACCAGGUACAAGUACGGCAGCAUCAUCGACACCAUCUACCAAGCUAGUGGUGGCACCAUUGACUGGACCUACAACCAGGGUAUCAAGUACUCUUACACCUUCGAGCUGAGGGACACUGGCUACUACGGCUUUGUCCUGCCUGCCUCCCAGAUCAUCCCCACCGCCAAGGAGACCUGGCUGGCUCUCAUGGCCAUCAUGGAUCACACCUUCAAGAACCCAUACUAGUGUGUGAGCAUGUCAAAGCCCAAAUCCCUGUGGAGACCUCCUUGUUGGCAAGUGUCACCUGUAAAGUGUUCCAGACUAAAAUAACUCUCACUGUCAUACUCAGUGACUCUGUUGAUACCUGGAGAACCGCAGGCAGACAAAUAAACGAGCACAUUGAAAGACUAAA